GCAAAACUCGUCAAUCAACCAUUAAAAAUCUCAUAGUUUGUUAUUAAAUCUAUAACUAAUUAAUCAUAAAGUAUUUAAUUAAUAAAAUCACUCGGUGAUAUUAAUAAAUAAAUAAACAAUCUACAGGAUAAAUAAAAUAAUUAAAAAUAACCUAUCAUACAAAUGAUAAUUUAGUAAAAUAUUUUUAUCACCACACGGGUCAUCAGUUUAAAAACCGCCCAUUUAAUUCUUAAUAUCAAUCAGACGUUUUUUUGUUUCCAUUUCUUUUUUAUUUUACUUUUACUUAUUAUUUAUUUUAUUUAAUCUUCGCAUCUUCUACAUAACUGAGAUUUGAUAAAAUAAAAAAAUAGAAAAAAAAACAUCAGUAUAUUUAAUUUUAUCGAAUUUUUAACCGGGCUUAGUAGUCAAAGUAUUAAUAUUUUAAAAUUAAAACGGUCAGUUUAGUUGUCGUUGGACUUUAAAACGUAACGCGAUACGUCUACGAGAAUUAAAAAAAAAAAUAAUAAAAAGUAAAAUAAAAAUAAAUUAGAGCCGGUAGUGAAUGAGUGAGUUGUUAACAAGUUAAUUUUUAAAUAAAAAAUAAUGAGUAAAUUAAAAGUGCACGAACUUAAAGUACUGGGGAAGAUAAUUGAAGCUGACAAUGAAGAUGGUAAUAAUUCGCCAAUUAAAUUAUUAUCGCCAGUAACUCAAAUUGUUCAUGAUUUUGAAAAGUCGUCAUUGAAAAGUGAUACUCCAAAACGCAGAAGAGAUCCAGCUGAAAACAACUCAAGCAGUGACGAGCUCUUCAAAAGUGUCUUUAAAAUAAAAGGGACACCAGAUGGUGCAAUGAAAUCAAGAUUGAAGUCUCGUCGUUCAAGUGGUAUGGCGUCAAAAACAAGACGUAUCUCCAGUCCUGAGUUGUCUUAUUUGUCUAAUACCAACAAAGAGAAUACCAGCGCACUCUUUAGUCCACUCAGCAUAAUGACGAGCCCUCUGAUGAAACUAAAACUCCAGAAAUCCCGGUGCCCAUUGGAAGACUGCGACCCCAACAGCCAAGACAGCGGCUAUGGAGCGCCAACAGACUCGGAAAAUUUCCGUUUCGCGGAGCCAUCGGGUGUUGCGCCUCGUCGCAUGUCAACAGACUCUCGGAGCCCAAACCAGUCACCUCUAAGAUCGUCACCUCAGCGCCGUAUCCCGUCGACAAAUUUGCUGAAGAAACUUUCAACUGACCCUUCCGAAUCAAUGGACGACGGGUUCAACGAAUUAGUCGACGUCGACAGUUUCAUGGAAAACAAUGCCAUCCCCGACCUCACAAGUUUAAUAUCCGGUGCGAUUUAUUCAUCGGAAAAACCAAUGGAAUGCGACGCGACAACACCCGAAGCCCGCACCCGUCCUCUAGGUGUCCGCCGGUCCCUGUCACUCCAAACCUCAAGCCCCGAUGUCGAAGCGACUCCUCCUCUAUCCAAAGUACGGUCAUGUCUAUUCCGCUCGCCCACCGCGAAUUCCUCAGCUUCAAAACUAAAGUACGAUGACAGCAAACCGCGAGUCUCAUCAAUGUUCAGUGAAACCGACUCGCCACUGACAUCUCAAGCUAAAUCCCGAUCAUUCAAAAGACCAGAACCGCCAACAGAUUCAAGUCCCAUUCUAGUCAAGAGAACUAAAAAAACUUCAUCGAGUCUUCAAGAUCUUCCGGAACACAACCAAGUUAAUUUUGAUCGCAAGUCGGCUUUACAAAGAUCGUAUUCAGAACCAGAAGCUCACGCGCACAUCAAGUCCGCGAUCCAUCGCAGCACAACAGACUCCGAUUUAACCGGUGACUUUUCAAAAACUUGUAUUCUACCAUUGGCUGAAGGUCAUCACGAAGAUCUUAAGUCGAUCACUGCUGAGACUCUUUCGCAAUUGAUAAGAGGGGAAUUCAGCGACACCGUAUCGUCAUACAAAAUCGUUGACUGUCGUUACCCGUAUGAAUAUGAGGCUGGACACAUUGAAGGUGCAUUGAAUCUGUUCACUAAAGAUCUUAUUGAAGAAUAUUUGAUGUCACCGAUAACAGAAGUACCGGAAAUAGAACCGGAUACCAACAAGAGACGGAUUAUUGUAUUCCAUUGUGAAUUUUCUUGGGAACGUGGCCCAAAUUUGUCACGUUAUCUGAGAAACAUCGAUAGGAAAUUGAACAAAGAACAUUACCCGGCUCUACAUUAUCCGGAAAUUUAUCUACUUCAUGGUGGAUACCAGCAAUUUUAUCGGACGCAAAUGGAUCUCUGUGUACCGCAGGGUUAUCGUCCGAUGACUCAUCCAGAUCAUGAGGAAGAUUUGAGAAGAUUUAGGAGCAAAAGCAAAAGCUGGCAGAGUGACAAAUUACGAAGUGGACUCACUUCUAGAGCGAACAUUAAAAGACUUGGGUUGUAAUAAACUUCUUUUCUAAAUUUCGAGUGCAAAUUUCGAAAUUCUGUAAUUAGUUUUGUUGUAAAUAAUUUUUAUUUAAUUUAAUUAUCAUAAUUAAUUAGUAGAGUAGAAUAAUAAUUACAUUUUCUGAUUAAAAACUCCGAUUUUAUGGGAUUACAAUUUUUCGACGGAAUAUAAAUUUUUUUCUAUUGAUUUCCGACUGAAGCCAAUGGAAUUUCAAUUAAAAAUUUGAGUGGGAAAUUUGAAAAAAAAAAAAUGGAUUCAUUUUGGGUGGAAAUUUUUCGAUCGGAUUUUAUGGGAAAAAUUUAUUAUUUUCUAAUUAAAUCUGAAUUCGAAUAUUUUCCGAUAGAAUCCGAUUAUUAAUUUCGGUGAAAAAAAAAAUUGGAAUACUUUCAGUGAAAUUUCCCAAUUGAUUUUUAUCGGAAACUUGAAAUAAAAUCCAAUGAAAAAUUUUUCUCUCGCAUUUAAUUGGAAAAAUUCUAGUAUUUUCCAAUUAAAUUUGGAAGUCGAUAAAAAAAACUUUUAUCA